UCGAAAGGGUAUAAAACCCAAUGCCUGUGGACAAAAUUUUACAUUCACAAAUCAUCAAGCUUUAUCCAAAGUCUUAGUUUUAUCUACCUCAUCUUUCGCCAUUUCUAAUAUGCAGAUCAUCUCCAUCCUCCUCGUCGCCGCAUCCGCCGUUCUUGCCCAGCAGGUCGGCAGCACUGCAGGUGACACUAUUUCCGGCGGUCCUGUUGCCAUCAGCUCCUCCAAUAUCAACAAUGGUGACCAGAUCAAGAAUUCGCUCGUCAACUCUGGUGUCUCAGGUGGCAACACCUUCUCUGGCAUCUCCAACAGUGCCUUCAACAGUGCCUUCAACAAUCAGGUAUCUGAGGGCAACAACUUUGUGAACUCGCAGAAGACCGAAAUCAAAGGCAAUGAUGGCACUACCGUUAGCGGCCAGGGCAACACCGUUGGCAGCAGCUUUGGCCCUGGAUAUAUCCCGAAUUUACCUGUCAAUUUCCUUUAUCCUAUUCCUGUUGUUGUUGCUGCGCCUGCCAACUACCGCAAGCGCAAUCUGAUUGCUGUCAGGGCCAUUUAGUACGGCCUUCUUGACUUACCCGGUUUUGGUCUAUGGAUACUAUGUAAUUUUCUGAGAGUGGUUUAUGUUGGGUGAAUAUCAAAUUCACCCAGAUUGGUUAUCUGCAUAGCCACCUAACUAGCAUUUGCAUAUUUGCAUACAUUAAUGUUAUAAUAAAAUAUAAUAAGAUAAAC